CAAAGAACGGACUGAGGAAACGAAGGAAAGGCAGAGAUGAGGGAGAUUUGUGUAACUGGAGGCACUGGCCUGAUUGCCACCUAUUUGAUCAAGGCCUUGCUUGAGAAGGGGUAUCACGUCCGGGCCACAGUUCGGGACCCAGGCAAUUUAGAGAAGGUGGGCUAUCUGUGGGGGCUCUGUGGUGCCAAGGAGAGGUUGAAGCUGGUAAAGGCUGAUCUUAUGGAGGAGGGCAGCUUCGAUGAAGCUGUUGAUGGAGUUGAAGGAGUCUUCCAUACUGCAUCCCCUGUCUUGGUACCAUAUGAUAGAAAUAUUCAGGAGUCCUUGCUUGAUCCUUGCAUAAAGGGUACAGUCAACGUGUUGAAGUCGUGCUCGAGGUCCAAGUGCUCCAUCAAGAGAGUUGUGCUCACGUCUUCCUGCUCUGCAAUUCGCUACAGAGCAGAUGCGCAGCAGGUGUCGCCUUUGAGCGAGUCACAUUGGAGUGAUGCAGAGUACUGCAAGCGCCAUAACCUGUGGUAUGCGUACGCAAAGACGGUGGCGGAGCAGGAGGCGUGGAGGGUGGCUGGUGAAGAAGGCAUUGAUCUGGUUGUCGUCAACCCAUCAUUCGUCGUUGGUCCUUUGAUUUCCUCACACCCCACCAGCACCCUUCUCAUUGUUCUUGCGAUAUUGAAAGGUGCAAAUAAUGAAGAAUAUCCCAACACCACCGUAGGGUUUGUGCACGCAGACGAUGUGGUGGCCUGCCAUCUGAGAGCCAUGGAGGAGAAAAGCGCUUCUGGGAGGUUUAUCUGUUCUAGCUCCGUCUUCCAUUGGUCUGAAGUAGUGUCCAUGCUUAAGGCAAGGUACCCACACUACCCAAUUGCAAACAAAUGCGGUGAACAAGUAGGCGAUAGCAACCCUCACAGCAUGGACACAAAGAAGGUGCAGGAGUUGGGCCUCACAGCCUUCAAAACAGUCGAUCAAAUGUUUGACGACUGUAUCAAGAGUUUCCAAAUCAAAGGCUUGAUCUGAUGACAUAUGCUCUCCCAAACCUUUAACAACUUGCCCCAAUAUGCUUCGAUUGAGUUUGGGCUACGUGAAG